CCUUGGCUGUGCUGGCCCUGGGCUGGUCCUUGGUACCAAGCCUCCAGGAGUGAGGAUGCUCCUAGGACCCUUACACUCACAGACCCCAACACGGACACCCAAACCUACUGCUAUGGAUUGCUGCUCGGAGGAGAGCUCCAUCAUGGAUCUCUCCAAUAGAUGACACCAGACCAUCUGGUAUGAUACAUCAUUUGUCUCAUGAUGUAUCCUACCUCAAGACCCUUCGUUCUCUCCGGGAUCCAGCUCGCAGAGCUUUGGUCUGUCCGGGCAGCAGACCAGCACUCUUGGUACUCUCUCCCAUACCCAGUGCUCUGGUUUGAAGUUUGCUGGGAGACUGCACAACCAUGCAGACACACCAUAGGCAGAUUGCUUGUAUAAAAGAAUAGUUAGAAAUAAAGUUUACUGGGAAUAUAGGACAGAUUAUGGUGAUCAGAUGCAGGGCACAGCCAGAGAAGCACAGUGAGCAGCAGCUUGCUUACAUGAGCUUGGCCUCUUUCAUCACUUGCUUCUCUAUUUCUCAUUACCUGUUCUUCCAAGACCCACCUUGAUCUUUACAUUUCCCAUAAUUCCUAUAAAUCAUGAAACUCUUGAGCAAACCCACAUUUCCAAGGCCUGAUAUUAAGUCCUAUUCACCAUCAAUAGACUCCCUUAGCUUGCAAACCUUUACACAGAGACUUCUUUCUUUUGAACCACGUUUGUGGGUUGUGUACCAGGAACGACAGUUUUAGGAGCAGUCAAUUAAGACAGAAUUAGGUGAGCUGUGUUCUCACUUGAUCACCUUCCUCUAUCCAGUCUUUGUUUAGAUGAGUAGCCAUGAGAAAGGUAGCCUUAUACUUGCCACUUCCUAGCAUGUCGAAUGAAAAUCAUCUUGACAAGGGCGAAGCUGUUUGUGUGAUGUUAAAAGAGGAGAAAAUUAAAACACUUAGCACGAUUCUGCAUGUCACACACUAUCUGUAUAUUAAGUGGACUGAGACAAAAGAGAGAGAUAUAAUUUAUCUUUUUACAGACUGGCUGCUACUGGUGUGUACACCAACCAGCCUGCUUUGUCCAUCCACGCAGUCCCUGCCCACCCCGUGUGCCCGCUGUGCCCCAGGGUGUCACAAGAUGUGUUGCAUGAGGAUAACGGUGAAGACUGCAACAGCCCCAGGAGGCACCUCAGCCUCUCCCACUACAGCAGGGAGGGAUGAGGUGCAACCCCAUCUCCCGUAAGAAGAUGGGUCACUUUGGGAUUGGCCAAGGGGAGAUGUGUCAGCAGGAAUAAGUGCACGUCCCACCUGCCAGUAGUGGUAUAAGCCCAGGGCGUUUGUCCCAAGUGGCAUUCCCUGAUCCCAAGGGCAUCAGGACAGGAGUCAUUCCUGUUGGGUUUGUUAGUGCUUGAACACCAAGACCUUCAUCAGGUAGCAGCCCUGUGAAGACUGGGGACAGGCGUCAGCCAUGAAGGUCCUGUACCUGCUCUUUCCCCUCUUGCUCCUGUUGGUCCAGGGUACUGCAGGAAACCGGAUGAGGUGCAGAGAGAAAAGGGGAUACUGCGCUUUUGGACGCUGCCGUUACCCUGCAGUAACUAUUGGAUUGUGUUCAAGAUCUGAAGUAUGCUGCAAAAGUGUCUGGAGCUGAGCCCCUGAACCCCAUGAGCAGGACGUCCCCCUCGCUUCUGGCUCCUGGCACCACCUCCUGACGUCCUCUCCGCUCCCCACCUCUGCCGUCCCCAGGGGCUGUGACAGCAGCAGUGGAAGCACUGCUCCCGCUGGGUGCCCGUGUGCUGGGGACAUCCCAACACGGAGCCGGUGCUGCUGGGGCAGAGGCUGCUUUUCCCGGCUUGAAUAAAGACGAGCAGUUUGGCAUUGCA